AUGAUUACACUUCUUGACAAUACGAUGCAAACCUAUCCAGCGGAAACGACAAGUUUCGGUUAUGUCCUAAGUGAUCGGUCUGUAUAUCAAGCCAGAUUGAUGAAUCCUCCGGGAAAUGAUGCUCAGCUGUGCACAUUUCCAUCACAUCUUUUGAAUCAGACGGAUGACGCUUCACGUUCUGGCAAGCGAAUAGCGUUACUUGUCAGCUUGGGAGGAUGUGACACGGCCACAAAAGUAGAAGUCGCUCUUGAAAUGCAUAAACGAAUAUCCAACUUAUUUGGAUUCGUUGUCUUUUACAACAAUGAUCCAAACAACCUAUAUGGAAUUGUAAACGUCACAGGACCAUCCAAUACGACGUUCAGAGAGGCUUUGAAUGAAAUGUCUUUCUCUGCUGUAUCCACAGCAACAGGCGAAGAAAUGAUGGGACGCAUCCGGCAACAUGAAGCGAUAUCUGGGAGUGCAUCUGACUAUCUUGGUCCGGAAAGCGAUGGGUGGCAACUUCAGAUGUUCCUUGAGACCACUGAUGACACAGAUGAUAUCC